UUUGGAUAUUUGGGGGCCAUUUUUGGAAUCAGCUGGCGAUUGUAGUCGCCUACUUGUCCGAUAAAGUCGGAAACGACUUUAAAGUUUGGUCGCUUUUGGCCAUUUGGAUCGCCCACGAGCCAAAGAUUCUAAUACUUGUGCUUUAAAGCACAAGUUCGAGAUCAAUUUAUUUUAUAUCUUCGCCCUUUUCACCCUAUUUUUCAACCUUGCAUUUGUCCACGGUUGACAAUUUCUUUUCGUUUCACCAAUAUGGCGCAACAGUGAAGUGCGAUCAUGUCUUCAGAAUUGUACAACCUCAACCAAGCUUCUCUUGAAGAAGGGGCGUUUUAUCGCUCAAAUAUUUUCAAAUUUUAUCACUCAGUUGAUGGCCAGGGAAAACAAAGAUAUGGAAAAGAGGGUCACGUCAUCUCCAGCUCGUCUGACUUCGUGUGAUACGAAGGGGAAGGAGAAUGGACGUAGCAAUGUUUCCAAGCCUCAGAGAUAUAAUAAGAACAGGCGUGAACCACCACAGGGUCGGACUCCAGGAGAUCCUAACAACAGUCAGUCACGUCGACCAGCGCUGCAAAAGAGUAGGGCCUUGGACAAGCGGCCACGCAGCCGAUGUCUUCCUGCCAGCAGACGCGAUGAGGUGACAGUAACUCAGAGGGCUGAAUUUGGUUCAGCCCUUCCUCAGGGUCCGAAGAAACUAAAUCUGAAUCACCUCAUCAAUUUUACUUUCUCUCCGAGAGAGACUGAAGAUACCAGAGGGGGCUCAGGAUUUCGUGGCAGGUCAAGAUGGGGUUACAAACGCUUUAGCAAAGAGCAGUUCUUGCAAGCAAAUUGCCAGUUUGUAGUGAAAGCACAAGGAGAUUACAAGCAGCAGUGUGUAGACCCUGAUGCUUUAGUGGAAUGGGAUUUGAUUGAACAGAUACGCAUGCUAGGACAUGAGAUGCCGUCCUGUCCCAUCUGCCUAUACCCACCAACUGCAGCCAAGAUUACAAAAUGUGGGCACAUCUUUUGCUGGCCAUGUAUCUUGCACUAUAUCUCGCUUGGGGAGAAAAAAUGGCGCAAGUGCCCUAUUUGCUAUGAAUCUGUAAUGGCCACUGACUUGAAAAGCGUGGUUGCCAAAUCUCUAAAGACGUUCAAUGUAGGAGAGACCAUCACCAUGCGGCUAAUGAAGCGGGAGAAGGGAUCCAUCACCAUUCAUCCACACCGUCUGGACAGUGCUCCUGCAGAAUUACCUACAUCUCCAUGUUUGAUGGAUUCUCCCAAUGAAACCUGCUUUGCAAAGCUGAUGAUUGCCAGCCCAAGCGACGUUCUAGAUCAGAUAUUGAAAAGAGAAAGGAGAGAAUUGGAAAAGCAGCUGAAUGAAUCAGUUGAUGACUUUGAAAAAUCAUUUAUUCAGAGAGCUAUGGAAUCUUUGAAGGAAAGAAGUAAUAGUCUUUGCCUGGAAAAAGGAGCUUCUGAAACAUCAGCACCAAACACUGAUGAGAACAAAUCCUUAGACCAAAACAAGGAUGAUAAUGACGUGAUGGUGUCAACAAACAUUCUACCAAAAGAGGAUUGCAUCGUGUAUGCCUCUGCUUUCUCUGAUGAAGAGCUAGAUGAACCCCCCGAUAAACCACCACCUCAAGAAUCAUCUAAGACUGAACCUACCACUCAACCAGACAUUACCCAGGCACCACACAGUGAAGGUUCUGAUGAUGUCCUUGAAGUAAUCAGUGGAGGUCUAACCAAUGCAUCUUCUGAGGAUGUACCUGAAGCACAGAAGACUGGGCAGGAAGAAGAAGAUAAAGGAGAUGAGAGAGAAAAGGAAGGAGUAGACCAUGUUGAGUUGUCAUCCAAUCACACCGAUCUUCCUGGAGGUAGAGAGAGAAAGACUUCAUCCAGUAACUCAAAUGUCUUUUUCUACCAAGCUGAGGAUGGGCAGCACCUCUAUCUUGGUUCCCUCAAUGCUCGUUGCUUGACGCAUGAAUAUGGUCAUCUAGAGUACUCUCCAUUGACCAUCACAGCCAAGAUUGUUGAGAUUGAACAUGUCUCUAUUACCCAGGAUUUCCGUAACAGGAUGCGCCAACUUCAGCACUUGCCAUUGACAUGUGACGUCAGCAUCUGUGAACUUGCCCUACGACCCCCUAACCUCUCACCCAAGACACUCUCCCACUUCUCUACAGAGAUUCAAAGGAAGAAACAGAAGAGGGAUAAGAAGGCUCGAGAAGAGAAGCGUAGGGAACGCAAGAUCAAUCAGGAAGAGGACCGUAAGAAUGGUGUCUAUCCUAAGGCAAGAUAUUCUCUGAAGAGCACCAAUCAGUUCCCAUCCUGCAGUACAGAAGCUGUUCCAGAGAGCUCAGUUUUACCCAGACCCAUAUCUCCUGCGUCAGUAGAUUCAGCAGCUUCCUCAAACUACAGCUCUGUUCUAUCAGAUCAUCCUGAUGAUGAUCUCAUUUAUGGUUCCUUACAUGACGAAGUGGAGGUUGCCAACUCUCCUUUGGAUGCCCCAAUGUCUCCAUCAGGAGGAGCAAGUGGAGGGGGAGGAGGAUCAUGGCCCUCCGUUAGUCCAGAUAACCAGGGAGGUCAUCGCUCAUUUGCACAGAUGUUGCGUGAUGGAACAGCCAAGCCAUCAUCUCCCAUGAAGUCGGGUAAUCCACCAUCAGCUAGUCCCCAGCACUACGUCACCAGCUAUGGCCGAACUCCUAGGCGUGAGGUUACAAGUAGCAAUGAAAGUGAUAAUGAAGACUAUGUACCUGUCCCUCUGUUCAAGGAUGCCUUCAGUAAUGCCAUACAAGACGCACUAGAUAAGGCUGCAUCCAUGUCAAUCAAGAAAAGUGAGGAAGUAGAUAGAGAAACUGAAGGAGGAGGAGGACGGAAGAACAAGAAAGGUCGCAAGAAGCAACUUCUUUUCUCAACCGCUGGUCAUCGCUAUAAAUAGAAUCCCUUUCUGAUGCAAUCCACCUCCCCCAUUAUUAAAAAGAAAUGCUUUGUUCUAAUUGUGCUGAAGAUGUUACAAAUUAGGGACUCUGUAUACAUUGUAAUCUCUUGAUAAGGUUUUGUUUGAAAAAUGCAAUUUAUUGCAUGGAAAGGGAUAAAAGAUUGUGUAUUAAGGUUGAUGCAAUGCUUUUGCUUAACUAUAUGGCCCUACAUCCAGAUCAAAUUUACUUUGUUAUAAAAUGGGCAAUCGAAAUCUAUGUACAUGCAUGCUUUUUUCUUCCACUUAUCUAAAAAAAUAGCUAACAUAUAACCUAAGUUUUGAACCUCUUUUGCGAGUUUGGACUCUUAAGUCUUAUCCUAAUGUGAUCUUUUACCACUUGUUAAGUAUGAAAUGCAGAGAUUAGAUAUGUUUGUUUCUUUCAUCUGUGCUGAUUGAAUAAGCAUCAUGGUAGUCAAAAGUAGAAAGUUUAAUUUGAUUUUGGUUAUACUUUCGAGGUGAGUAAUGUCUCGUUUUCAUAUCAAUUAUAUUUUAUAAUGAUAUAUGUAGCCAUCGUAAAGUACAAUAUUUGCUGAUUUACAAUAUAAUAUUUAAAUCAGUUUCUGGAUAAGAAAGCAGUGUGACAUAAAGACAUUAUUUGAUACACUGAUUCAUAAAUAAUUUAUUCAUUUAAGAAUCAAGUUUUCCAUUUCCGAGGGGAGAAGUGCAAGGAUUGUAUGUUUAUAAUUCUAUAAUGAAAAACCAUGCUUUAAAAGCACUCCAUUUAUGUUGAUGCUUUCUCAAAUGAAAAGGCGAAGAAUGCAUGUGUUUGUUACUUUAAUCUUGUUACAAAGCAUUUUAUAAUAUUCAGUUGUUUUUGUUUGAUUGCUUUUUUUUCUUUUGCCCUUCAACAAGCAUUGUUCAGUGGUUCGUGUAAACUUAACAAAUACUUUAUAUUACAGCACCUAUAUGCAUUAAAAAGUGUUAUAAAACGGGUUCAAGAGUGUGGGAAUAGUUCAUGCGUAUGCAAGUCACAUGUUCAUGCUUCAAUACUACACAACUUUCCAGCUGUGCAUUUUUCAUGCAGCACUGUGCAUUUUGGGUCCAUCAUUUUCCCCAUAAUACCUAAACACUGAGAUGCAAUUUGAAAUAUGUGUACUUUCAAAGGGAAGGCAUGCUGCUGGCGCUUAUUUUGGCGUGUAUACUAGAUACACCUGUGAUGUCAUAAUUUAAAGCAGGUGUGACCUCUGCAUCUGUGUGAUUGUUGAAAAUUUAGAGGGAUGCAAACAAGCUUUCCACUACAGAUUUAUACUGCCAACCCGUUUUAUAAAACAAAUAAUGUACAUUUUAAAAUUUGUGAUGUUAAAGGCAUCUCGUUGUAGGCAUCUCAGGCAUUCACAAUAACCUGUAAAAGUGCAAGGCGCUAGCGCUUUAUGCUUUCGCAUAUUGCAAAUACCAGCGAGUGCUCUGCAUCGCCAUUCCGACUCAUAAAUGUGCAUUAUUUGUAUAUUAUGAUACAAAUUUAUUUUGUAUAAUACACUGCCCCCCAUUUUCUACUAUUUUGGUUUAAUUUAUAGAGCACCAACUACUUUCAAUCUAAUCCAAGUUUUCUAGUUCUGAGCAAAAAAAGAUGCCAAUAAGAAAAGUUGAUAUAUUUGUAAAGUUAAAUUUAGAUUGUAUUUGUUUUCUUCUGUAUAUUCAUAUUCAAUAGAGUCAAAUUUGGUAAGUGAAAAGCUAUUGCGAUAUGUAUAUUACGAUUUACAAAGUCAAAUGAAAUGUUUCUAAUUUAAUAUAAACAUCGGUACUAAAGGACUUUUAAAGGUAUUUUUCAAGCAUUACGGUAUAUACGUUUAUAUAAUGAAGCCUCUUUAUCACUUUCAUUGUGUGCGAAUUGUGAGUUUUUAUAUCAAAUUUCUUUCUUCCUAUUUGUCUCGCCCACCAGAGGUGAAGGCUAGACUUACAGAACCAAAUGGCAUCCAUCCGUCGUCCAUCAGUCACAAAUGUCUAUGAUCCAUUACUUGGAAACUGCAAUCAAAGUUGGAUGGUAGAUGCAUUAGGGGUACCAUCAUGUUGCGGUGCUGUCGGAGGUCACAUAUUAUGAGCUCAAAGGUUAUUUGAGGUCAUAUGUAAUUAUUGGAAAGACUUUCUUAUAACAAAUAACCUUGCAACCAUCGCUCCUUUUUCAACUAAUUGUUGGUCAUAGAUGCACAUGGGGGAACCUUUAUAUUAUGGUGAUGUGGGAGGUAACAAUGUGAGGUCAACUGUUAAGAGUUACUCUGCAUAGGUUGCUCCAAUGGCUAACAAUCUUUUGUGUUAGAUUCAUUUGGGAUUAUGGUGCCUUCAGAGCUGACAAAGUCAAAGGUUAUUAAGUUCACCUGCAAAACUCUUGCAUGACAGUAAACUUAACAACCCUUUCACACUUUAAACUAAACUUUGGCUAUAGAUAAACUUGUGUAAUGCUGCCCUUAGAGGUGACAUUGUAAGGUCAAGGUCAUUUUAGGUCAGACAUUUCAGUUAACCUGCAAGACUUUCUUGUGAAAUGAAACUUUGUUAGGGAUGUACAUUAGGAAAUCUUUAAUGUCAUGUAGUCAUGGGUGGACGAGACACAAUCUGGCUGUUGCUUCGUUUGAAUUUUAGAAUCUUGCUCCCUCAAGAAACUAGGAUUCAUUUUCAAGUUUGGAGAA